AUGAACCCUACUCAGAUUCCCAUAGUAUUUUUAAAAGAUGUUAGUCAUUCAGCGCUAAGAGACUUAUUACAGUUUAUGUAUCAAGGUGAAGUUAAUGUUAAGAAAGAAGAAUUAGCGUCAACUCAAAGUGGACCUGCGAAACGAAAAUGUGUAGACCCCUUAGAAGCCGGACCCUCAGGAUCAGCUAAAGAAAAAUUUGUUACGAUACCCGACGAAGAUGAAAACAAUGCCGUGGCACCGAAAAUGGAACCAGAAUUUGUUAACGAAAGCAUGUGGGAUGACGAUGACGAAGGCGCAAAUAAUGAUGAAACAAACUUUGGCGAAGACGACUCUAAUAUGGAAAUGACAGGAUUUGAUGGCUCGGCUACUGGAGAUGGCAAUAUGUCUGGCGGCGGGGAAGGUGGCGCUGUUGGGGAUGCACAAGGUAAACCUAGUCUUGGUACCGCAGUACAGCUGGCCGCACGCUGGAAACGCCAUAAUACUCCUUGGUGA